AUAUCACGGUUCAUCAAGUCAUUGUAGAUGGUAAACUCCGAGAGUUACACAAAGCUAGUGGGGGGGGCCUGGGGAGGAACUAUGGUAGACAAAGCCUACGAACGAUUCCUUUCAGAUAUAGCAGGGCCAGAGACCUUUCAGCAGUUUAAGGAAGAGCACAUGGAUGAUUAUAGUGAUCUGCUCCGAACGUUUGAGGUCAAGAAACGGGAAACGUCACCAGGUCAUUCAGGCAAAGUGACAUUUCGCAUACCGCCGACAUUUGCUGAAACUAUCAAAGAUGCUACUGGAUUGUCGAUACAUGACAAAAUCUUGUCAUCACCUUUCAAUGGACAGGUUUCAUACGUAAGCGGUAAAACUAGAGUUGAUGGUCAAAUUGCUCAGUCAUUUUUCAAACAAUCAGUAGAUAGUAUUGUACAGCAUUUAGAGUCGUUAUUGGGAGAAAGGCUGAAUAAAGAAUAUACAGCUAUUGUUAUGGUUGGUGGAUUUUCGGAGUCAAACAUUCUUCAAGAUGCUGUCAAAUGCGCAUUUGGAAGAAGGUACAAUGUAAUUAUACCAGAAGGGGCUGGUUUAGCUGUCUUGAAAGGGGCCGUUAUUUUUGGUCAUCAGCCAAGCACAAUCUCCGAGCGCAUAUGCAAGUACACAUAUGGACAGAAAGUUUGCCAUGAAACAACUAGUGCUUGUAAUCAUCCCCCGACCAGGACAAAAUGGGUUGUUGGAAAAUUACACUGUUCUGAUAUUUUCGAGAAACACAUAACAAUUGGACAGACUGUAAAAUUAGAAGAAGAACAAAUGGAAAUGAUCACAAGCCCUUGUUCUGCUGACCAAACAACUAUUGGUGAGACAAUAUAUGCAUCAAAAUUGUCUGAACCCCGUCUAAUCACUGAACCAGGUUGUAUCAAAAUAGGCCAUUUUGAAAUACAUAUUCCAGAUACUUCACUAGGUACAGAUAGAAAAUUCGGAACAAUGUUUAUAUUUGGUGACAAAGAGAUUGCCGUAAAAACUGAAGAUAAACAAACAGGACAAGUUCACAUUAACUCAAUCGACUUUUUAGAAUGAUAUUUGUUCUGUAUUCCUUGUCUGGUAAAGUGAAGAUUUUCUUUGUUUAAAACUAUUUUUAGUUACGCAUAUUGUUGUUUUCAAUCAAUCCAAAUAAUCAUUUGUAAAUGAGUUCGACCUGUUUUCCAUUGACUGGUUCUAUGACGUGGUAAAGAAUGAAAAUUAUUUAACUUUUAUCUUCC